UCCAUUGCGCGCGCGAGUCUGAACUUCUGCACGUUAAAGAUGGAAAUAUAACAGCUCCUCUUUGAACAAAGCACGACACGAAUGGGUCUCAGUGAAGAAACUCUGCGGUUCGUGAUAUCUGAUGGCAGAUGUGUGCCACCGACAUGACAGUACAGAGUGAUGACUGACAGGUAAACCCUGAAGAAAGCAGUCGACCCGCUCGCCAAACACCCAUCUGUGACCCGUCUUACCCUUACGAUCCGCACCUGUCCGGAAGAUCCUGUCCGAAUCGUCCCGCAAUGAUCAACCAACACAUUUUCCUGCAUUACAACUACACGGGGAAACUAGACAAUCGCAAUGAGACCGAAGGCGUCCCAUUGGACCCCAAAACGGCCGUGUUUUUGGUCGUUUGCGGCCUCAUCAUCCUGGAGAACCUGAUAGUGCUGGUGGCCAUCUGGCAAAACCACAAAUUUCAUAACCGGAUGUACUUUUUUAUCGCCAACCUGGCUUUGUGCGACUUGUUAGCCGGCGUGACUUAUAUAGUCAACCUGCUGAUGUCAGGACAGUGGACGCUACACUUGUCUCCGGCCGAGUGGUUUGUUCGAGAAGGGAGUAUGUUUGUUGCAUUAGGCGCGUCUAUUUUCAGCCUACUGGCGAUUGCGAUCGAACGCCACCUUACUAUGAUCAAAAUGAGGCCUUAUGAUGCAAGCAAAAACUAUCGGGUGUUUCUGCUCAUAGGAACGUGCUGGCUGAUCGCAAUCACACUGGGAGCGCUGCCUAUUUUAGGCUGGAACUGUCUGGAGGAUCUUCCUCAGUGCUCCACCAUCUUACCUCUUUACAGCAAGAGCUAUGUCGCGUUCUGCAUCACCAUCUUCAUCUCGCUCCUGCUGGCCAUCUCCGUCCUCUACGCCCGCAUUUACGUCCUGGUCAAGAGCAGCAGCCGCAAAGUCACCAAGCACAGCAACUGCGAGCACUCCAUGGCCCUCCUGCGCACCGUCAGCAUCGUGGUGGGCGUCUUCAUCGCCUGCUGGACGCCCAUCUUCGUGCUGCUCCUCGUCGACGUGGCCUGCGGGACCAAAACGUGCCCGGUUCUGCUCAAAGCUGAUUGGUUCAUCGUGCUGGCCGUCUUGAAUUCCGCCAUGAACCCCGUCAUCUACACGCUGGCCAGCAGGGAGAUGCGCCGGGCGUUUUACAGGCUCGUGUGCGGGUGUUUGGUGCGGGACGGCGCGGUGGGGUGCAAGCAGAACACGGACCCCAGCCGGAGCAAAUCCAGCUCCAACUGCCCGCGGGCGGCCGAACAGGAAAACCCAGACGCGCAGAAUCAAGCUAACAAAAGCUGAAGCACUCAGUGUGUUUGCUAAAAUGCACACUACAGCAUUAGUGCAUGCUAUAGAAUUUUAGUAUGCACUUUUUAAGUGCACUAUUAGUGCAUACUAAAGUGCACAAUAAAGCAUCAGCACAUUAAGCGCAUGUUGAACAGUGGAAAGCAGUUUUAAUGUCCCAACAGACGCUUUCAUUUGAGAUCCC